UUUCCAGGCUCUAGUCAGUAGCCUCUCUUCAGUCCAAACCGUUCUGUGGAAACGCUAGUCGGCUGCUUUUGUAGGGAAGAACUUUUAGUGUUGUUGCUUUGGAAGCUUUAACUAUGAUCCCUUUAGUUAUCCUUGUGUCUUAAUUAUCUUCCAAAAGGCUUAUUAUGUUUGUCUGCUUUGUUUUGGCUUAAGUCUCUCGGGGUUUUUAGGUACCAGCCGAUUUGAUCCUUUCGGCUCUGUAUAUUAUACAUUCCUUCAAUAAAAUCUUUAUAAAAAAAUAAAAUAAAUAAUAAUAACUAAUCCUGCCAAAAUUACAGCCACCUGUUGUGUUUUUCUCUGAGUCUCUCACUCGCUAUCUCCAGCUUUCAUUCGAGCUUUCCUCUUCCCUCAUCUGCAAUCGAAUUCGUAUUACCUUCUCUUCUCGUACAACACCGAGAAUGGUGACGAAAACGAUGGGGAAAGGAUUUAAGCUGAUUUUGGGCUCUCAGUCCAUGGCGAGAAAGCGGAUUCUAGCUGAAAUGGGAUAUGAUUUCACUAUUGUGACUGCAGAUAUUGAUGAGAAAGCUAUUAGGAAAGACAAGCCUGAAGAUUUGGUUGUAGCUGUUGCUGAAGCCAAAGCAAACGAGAUUAUAUCGAAACUGGGAGGUGAAAGCCAGUUUGCACAAGAUCAUCAACCAACUCUAUUGAUUACUGCAGACACUGCUGUUGUGUACAAAGGUGUCAUUAGAGAAAAACCAACCAGUAAAGAAGAAGCUCGCGAGUUUAUCAAAGGCUAUUCUGGUUCACACGGUGGCGUUGUGGGAUCUGUUAUUGUAAGAAACUUGCAAACUGGAGUUAGAAGAGGUGGGUGGGAAAAAGCAGAGGUUUAUUUCCAUGAGAUACCAGAGCAAGUCAUCGACGACCUUAUUGAUGAUGCAAUCACUUUCAAGGUUGCUGGAGGUUUGAUGCUGGAGCAUCCCCUCAUUUCACCUUUUAUCGAUUCCGUGAUGGGAGGAGUUGAUACAGUUAUGGGACUUCCUAAAGAACUCACUGAAAAAUUCAUCAACGAUGUGUUGUAGCUCAAGCCACUUUUUGAUUGUGUAGGAAGGUUUAGAUAUAAAUACUUUUGUAUAUCUAAUCAAUCUUGAAAUCAUUUUAAAUGUGUCCAAAGAAAAGUUAUGAUGGCAAUCAAAUAUAUUAAGA